AAUAAAUUAUAAAAAUUAUAUAAUAUAUAAUUAUAUUUUAUUGAUUUAUAUAUAUAUACAUAUAUAUAUAAACUUAUAUAUGCAUUAAUAUAUCGAGCUAUUAUAUUUGUAUAUUGGAAGCAGAUUUUAUACAGUGAGUGAUCAUUUUGAACAGUAUUUAUGAAACAAUGAAAAAUGGAUGUUGGUUUAUUCGAUAAUCAUAGCGAUUGUGCGAGUGAUAUAUCGGAAACGCGAUCUGAGCUAGAAGCUCGCAUUUACAGCGUUAUCCAUCAUAAUGAUUUUUCAGGUACAACUGAAGCGCCAUUUGUUGAUCCAAAGUACGGUGUAGAAUUUAAUGCCAAUGGAGAAGUUGUUGUAUAUAUCAAAGAUGUACUAGAUAGUCAGAUAGAUCAUUUUGAUGACGACAAACUAAUCAGUUGUAAUAAUAGAGUAAUACCUACAAUAGUUUUAGAUGAUGAUGAUGAUGUUAAUGUUAUGGAAAGCACUCAAGAUAUUUUGAUUGCUGAAAAUGAAUUUAUUGAAACUUCUCUAAAGAAAAAGAAAAAGAAGAAAAAAAACAAAGUAAAAAGAGAAAGUAUAGACAAAUAUAUUGAGCUUGUGAAAAAUUCUGAUGUUUUGAAAGAGUAUAGGGUAAAAAGUGGAUUAGAUGAAAUGAAUACUAAAAAAAGCAAUAAAGACGAUUUAGCCAUGAAUGUUGGUUUUCAAAAUGAAAGAGCUAUACCAAUGACACGCAGUGAAGUUUUAAAACAAUAUCGUAUAGGUAAACCAACAGAAGAUACAACAUGGUAUAGAUGUCCAAAAACAUGGACUUCAGAUAUGGUAAAAUUUUAUACAAAAAUUCAAAAAUCUAAACGAAAUUUUGAUUGUGCUGAAGAAUUAAAAAAAAUUAGAGAAACGCAAGGUUCGAAUCCAAUCGAUUGGACAUUAGAUUCUAGUGACUUAUAUAAAUCUUAUUCAAAUACACCUAGAAUUAAGUGCAACUAUUGCCGACAAUAUGGUCACAAGGCAUUUAAUUGUAAAGAACAAUACAAACCUCAAGUUUGCAUAAUGUGUGGCUUAGAAGGACAUAAUCUUAACAGCUGUGAUAAACAAUUGUGCUUUACAUGUGGAAAACGUCAAAAUCAAUUUACAAACAAUUGCAGUUCUUGUAUAUCAAAGAGUAGAAUAAAAUGCAAUAGAUGCAAUUAUUAUGGUCACGAGUCAAAAUUUUGUACAGAAUCAUGGCGACAAUAUCACAAUAUUAUAUCUACUGAAACAGGACCCAAUAACUAUCAAAGUGAACAAUCCACAUCUACAUGUCAACCAGUGACGAUAGAUUUAUCCAAAACGAAGAAUACAAAAUCUACAUGUCAACCAGUGACGAUUGAUUUAUCUACAACAAUGAAUACAAAAUCUACAUGUCAACCAGUGAUGACUGAUUUAUCCAAAACGAAGAAUACAAAAUCAUUUACCAAAGUUGGAAAUGACAACGUGACUAGUACCCUAAGCACACCAAAUGAAUCUAAGAAAAAAAAGAAACAACGUUUCAGAACUAAAAAAAAUAAAAAAAAAACUAAACUUAAUAAUAAUAAGACUUCUGAUAAAGAAUCUAUUGACAUUAAAAUUAAUAUUCAGGAUGUCACGUUUAAACGAACUUUAACCAAAACGGGUUUUCUUAAAAAUAAAAAAAUGAAAUGUUAAACUUAUAGGCAAUGUUGUUUCUUAUUCGUUCAUAUUUGAAUUGAUUGACUAUCAAUGAAAUCAUAUUGUGUAUGAUUGAAAAAAAUUGUGUGCCUUAAUAAAUGUACAUCCUAUGUUUUAAGAUAUUUACAUUGUUUUGCUCAAAAAUAUUAAAUUUUUUCAGAAAUAGUAAAUAGUAAUUAGCUUUUACUUGUAUAAAUGGUGUAAACACUUGGUGGAUUAAAGGUACCAUGUAUAUUAACUUCUAAUACCCCUUUAUGCAUACACACUUUUCAAUUGUAUUAACAAUUUACUUUUUAUUUUGGCGUUCUCCAAUUAUUUGUUAUACUAUGUAUUUAUUUCGUCAAUUCCCGAUUUUUGUAGAAAUAAACAUAUUUUAUUAUA